AUGUCUCCCAUCCCGGAUCGGGUACAUGCUUCGACGUCCCUCAUUCCUUUCCUUGACGGCGACUGUAGAGAGCUUUCUCUCCCCAUCCCAAAGCACAUCACAUCUUGACAAUAGGAAUGUCCUAUCCAAAAUCGACAGGUGCAGGUCGGAAAUUCUCCAUUAUACAAGGUAGAGAGAAUGUUGGGAGCAGGAGGUUUUGGGCUGGUCUACAUUGGACGAAGGGUGGCUGGUGGAUCUCAGGGCAAUGGGCCCAAUGCCUUUAAGGUUUAGUUUCAACCUCCCAUCACUCCUGCCACGGGAAUCUUUAAAUACUGCUGUUUUAUGUUGUCUCUUUCAUUUUCCUGCGGUGGGUGUAGGUAGCACUGAAGUUUGAGCAUAGAAAUAGCACGGGUUGCAGAUUUGGCCCCCCAUAUGAAUGGCAAGUUUAUGAGUAAGAAGACACCCCCUACUGCUCUAAUUUAUUACGUAUUGUGUCGAUCUAAAACUAUGUUCUUCACCUGACUUUGUGAAUAUGGUUUUAGCCAUCUCAAGGGAUGCUAUGGAUUACCUAGGGUGCACUACAAGGGCCGCCAAGGAGAUUAUUUCGUCAUGGUUGGCGUAGAGUCUUUCAUUUUAUUGUUUCCUCGAAUUAUAUUUUUUAUUGAAAGCUAGUUAUGAUAUUGUUGAUGAUGAUUGCUGCAGAUCAUGGACAUCCUUGGACCAAGUCUUCUGGAUGUGUUCAUAUCCAUUGGGCAAGUGUAAGAAAAUAAUCUUGACUUCAUAUUCAAAGUCAAUAUUCUGUUGAAAAUUGUGCUAUUGAGUUUGACUAACUCCUUGGACAGAAUGCCACCAAAUAUGGUGGCUUGUAUUGCUGUGGAGGCAAUAUCCAUCCUUGAGAAGCUACACCAAAAAGGGUAUGUAUGGCUUUGUGGCAGUGUGAUAUUUUUUCAAUUAUAUUUUCGCAAAGGUCACAGUAAUUAAUUCAUUGCUCCCUUGUGCACUCCCUCCCUCCACCCACACAAAAAAAAAACAUGCCAGGUUUGUGCAUGGAGACGUCAAGCCAGAGAAUUUAUUGUUGGGUAAACCCGGAAGCUCAGGGGAGAAGAAGCUUUUUCUCAUCGACUUUGGGCUGGGUAUGUUGCUGCAUUCCAAUCACUUCUUGUUUUCACCUCUCGUGCCUAUUGAUUUUAGAGUAGGGUUUGUUUUUCCAAGUAUAUAAACAAAUUUGUCUUGACUGAGAAGUCCCUGUCUGUAUCAACAUCAGUGAUAUUUUUGUGCUUUGUUCAGAGCCUGUACAAAUGCUAAUUGGUGUCAUUAAUAUUUUAAUCAGCUUCAAUGUGGAGGGACAGUUUGUCAGGCCAGCAUGUCAGAUUAUGCCAACAGCCAGAUAAUUUCAGGUUUUUUGGGAAACGAUAUUCUAUUUUUUCCCUAAAUUCUUAGCUAAGAUGAGGAUUCAUAAAAUCUUACCCCUACCUUACUAUCUAUCUCAUGUUCCCUAGGGGCACAACACGAUAUGCAAGCGUCCAUGCACAUUUAGGCCUCACAGCGAGUAGAAGAGAUGAUCUUGAGUCAUUGGCCUACACUCUGAUUUUUUUGAUUAAAGGAAGGCUGCCGUGGGAAGGUUAUCAGGUUUGCUUCCACCUCUACUUGUACAUGUUCUCCCAUCUCUUUGAUUCAUCACUUGCUGAUUCUUAUGCCAACUAUGUAGGGGAAUGACAAGAGGUUUCUAGUCUUCAUGAACAAGACUGUAACCUCCCCCGAGACGCUGUGUGGUGGCUGUCCCCCUCCUUUCGCACAAUUCCUUGAAGCAGUGAAGAAGAUACAAUUUGUUGAGCAGCCCACCUACUCGAAGCUCAUUUCUCUUUUUGGAAGCUUGAUAUGCUCCCCCUGCACCCUGUUAAAGACCAUUCGGAUUGAUGCAAUUUUGAAGGUGGUUGCAAACAUGACAUCACUGAAAUUACCUCGCAUAUUUUUAUUUUAUGUCAGAUGGUUUUAUCUCUUUUUCAUGGCUCUAUCAUCUGUUGUUAAAUAGGCUGACCAUGUUUCCAACAGGUUCACCAAAAACGUGGAAGAUUGCAGGUAAAUCAUGAAGAAGAUGAGUGUCAUAGAAAGAAACGGAUAAAAUGUUUGAUUGAUGACAGACCAUGACCAUGUACAUGUAAGAAUAUAAAUAAAAUCUGUAAAGUGCCAAUUGAGAAAACAUAAAUCUCAUGACUAAAUUAUUUAUUAUUAUUGUUCUUAUUUAUUCAUAAAGAAAAUGAUAGUUUAAAAGCCUCAUAUUAAGGGCAUGAAUAUAAUACUUUUUUAAUGUAAUCAUAACUAUUGAUAAAGGUGUGUAAUUAUUUAUGCAAAAAGAGAAACUAUAUCAAUCAAUGAUAAUAAUAUAAGACAAUCAUUUAGAGGGCGUGAGUAUAAGUAGAUAUUUAUAUAAUAGUUACUUUUGCUAGGAAUAUGUAUCAUUUAUUGCCAACAUUUAAACUUUAGAAAUGUUUUGUACCUACUAUUUAUUCACCUUGGAAAUGGCACCACUUUAGACGUAACCUAUUAAGUACAGGAAUAUAAUAUGUUUAAGUACAUUCACACUUACAAAUUAUCAAAAACAAUUAUUAGACCCAUAAAUGUAAAUUUUAUGCAUAAAUAAUGAAUAUUACUUCUUUAUAAGAAAGCUGGCACAUAAAAAUACAGUAUUAAAGGGAAGAAAUCUAAUAUUAUUUCAUACAAUCAUAAUGAUUAGUUGCAAUGAAUAAUUACUAUAGUUUACCAAAAAUAAAAAUUUUAUCAGUAAAUAAAUGAACACUACAAGUAUUGGAUUAAAUGGCACGAAUUUGAUAGUUUAGGUUAUAUUUAUAAUUACUAAUCACUAUGAUUAAAUAUUAUUUAUUAGAAUACGUAAAGUUAUGAAGAAAUAAUAAUUAUGUAUUGGAAGCUUAUGUGUCCACCAAAGGACACACAUCCACCCCAUAAUGUGUUCAGAACCACAUGUAGUCCAAAACUAAAAGUAAUGUAAUGCCAUAAUUGGUUCCCAUCAUAGUAAAAGUAUGAUUUCUUUAGUGAUGAUCUAAAAAUUAAGAAACAUCUAAAUUCAUAGAAGAUUGGGUAGAUAAAGAGGAGUUUGAAAUAAAAGUCACAUAGCUAUGCUUUGUAAUGUUUUCAAUUUGAAAAGCAUAUUUUGACAAAGUUAAAUCUUAUAUGAUUCACAUGGAUGAAUGUCAUCGUAUAUACCUUUUAUACAUUGCACCCUCUAGAUGUUUUCCUAAACUUGAAGCAAAAUGUAGCCAUCAUCAAAUCUUGAUUCAUUCCAUUGAUGAGUGGAAAAUAAAUUUCUUGUCUAAAGUAGGACUUUAAGUAUAAGUAGGAAAGUUAUUGCAUUAACAAGUGUGCCGACCAUCACAUUUAUGAGGAUGAUGAAUUAAUCAUGAAAACUAUUUAUUGAAACAAAUUAUUAUCUAUUUUGACUGUAGUCAAAUGUACAAUUGUAAUUAAGAGUUACAUAAUUCUAUAUGCGACCCCUAUUAAAUGUUUUUGAGCAAAAUUUGUUGUAUAUAAAUUUGUAUAUAGUUUUACACAUAUAAAAUGAGAUUUUUGCCUUUUUAAGAGCACACGUACAAUAUUUUUAAUUAAAUUGAUAAUAUUUUCAAUUACAAUAUUUUUACCUUUAUUAGUUGUUAAUAUAAUGUCUUUUUUUGUCAUAAUAGGAAACCACUAAUAAGUUUUCAUUAUCAUGAGUUAAUAAUUAGUAAAUAAUAUAGUUUUAGCCUUAACUCAUGAUAAAUAGACUUAUAUUUCUGUUAAACUAUGAAAAGUAGUUUUCAAUUGAUUAAUGUGACUUUUUUAGAUAAUUAAGUAAUUUUCUAUGCAUUUAUAUGAUUUUUAUAAUCCUAUUUUUGAGAUAAAUCAAGAAAAAGAAAUUAAAAUAAAAAUAUAGCAAAAAGAGGGGACCCGCUAGCCAACCGGGCCUACAAGUGGGUCAGAAGCGUAGUCGGGGGGAGCCACGAGCAGGGGUUCGGGUGACUAGGACCAAUGGGGGCAUGUGUGCGCCACUCCCCUUCCACGUCACCGGUGGCCAGCUAAGUCUAAGACACCGAUGGUCAACUGGUCGUGGGGCAAGGAGCACCCGUACACACGUACGCGUGCGAGGGCAGACCAUCUUAUUGCCUUCUCUUGAGAUGGUCCUAGGUAUUAUUUUAUUUCGAGAGAAGAGAUCUCUACUAAUAGACGGUAGGUUUAGUUUAUAUUCGGCAUAUGUUCUGAAAUAUUUCCGAUGUGGGAGUAAAUGUUUUCUGAUCCAGCGGUACACAGAGAGCCACAUCAUCCGAUUAGCCUGAUCCUACUAUUGGCAAACCACCACGAUACUAGAUGAGUAAAGUGAUCCAUCAGUAGUUUGUGAAUUCGAUGCCGCUUAGCACACAUAUGGCCUUAAAGGCUGAUCUAAUGGCUAUAGAGGUGCCAUGGUAUCGGAACUUAAGUUUCUGAUCAGCAGUGGUUCACGGCAGAUUGAUCCUACAUUGCUCAGAGUGCCACAUGACCAAGUUCAUCUGAUCCAGCGGCUUGUGAAGUGCCACAAUACUAGGAACUUAAAUUCUCACACAUAUCACCAUAAGAGAUAUAAAGAUAAUAAUCAAUUAUUGUCUAAUAAAAAAGAUAUUAUCGAUUAUCUUUAAAAUCCCGACAAUAGUUGUGAAUAUGGCAAUUUGUUCUUUCCUUCUUUUUCACGAUCGACAUCUUUGGCGAUCGGCAAGCUUCUUCCUUCCUUCUUUCCCCGACUACACUCAAGGCCUCUAGUGAGUGGUCAGCUCUUUCCUUCUCUCCUCAUAUGACGGUGACAGCAUAGUUGAUGUGACUUAGUCGUUGUAUAGUAAAUCACGUAAAUUUUAAAUUUAUAAAACUAGAAAAUAUGAUUUUUUUAAGUAGUGGCAAUUUUUUAAGUCGAUCACAAAGAUGUAACAUAAUAUCAGGUAAUUAUUCAAAUUUUUCCUCAAAGAAUGCUAUUUUUAUAAAUUUUAUACUAGGAAAUAAAAAUAAAAUAUAUUUAAAAUUUACGAAAAAGGAAAAUAAGGGUGCGGACGUCAGGAUGACGUCAACACCCGGCGAACGCAAAUCGAGAGAAAAUAGAGUUCCGCUUAGUGAUUCUUACAUAAGCGAUUAUAGAUGAUUUAAUUGAUCAAAUUAAUAUCUGUAAAAGUCGAAAGAAUCAUAAUUGAAUGAAGUAUAUCUUGGUAAAUUUAAAUCACAUAAAUUAUCACUAAAUGAAGUGAAAAUUAAGUUGAAUGUAAGAAAAUAGAAUUCCGGCAUCGCGGCGGCGAUGCGUCGGCGAUGCACCGGAAUCCUGAACGUUCAGGAGGAUUGUUGUGCAGUGUUCAUGGCCUCGAAAGCUCUCUUUGGACAAGGACGAUGUGGGCAAUCUCUAGAUCUCUUAGCGAAGUCUAGAGAUCAAUGAAAUGGGUCAUCAAAUCAUCUCUAGUAGUUGUCACCUGGUAAAGUGGAAAGAUGGUGACUUUGUAACUCUCCAACGAUUGUCACCCAAUGAAGAGGAGCUAGAUGGAGGUGGGGCGCAUGUCAGGGAGCUUCAUCCUCAGGUCCACAUAGUAAGAGGAGGCUCUUCAUCGCAUCCAGUACGCUCUCAAGAGGUGACGACUCAUCUCCCGGCCGAUCAUCCUCUUCCCAAUGACAGCUUGUUUGUCGAUCAAUCGAACAUGAUUUACUCGAUGGAUUCACGAUCCUUUUAUCGCGAAUCAUUCAGCAAUUUUAGUAACAAUGCUCCACGAAUCACAUUGACGAGAUUUUUGCCAAUGAUCUAGUAAUUCUGGCGGCUUAAUCUUUCACUAGCGAUCAGGAAAGUCACGAUAAUCAGAUAAAAAUACGAGUUUAGGCUCUAGGAGGAUUCGAACUUGCACUAGUUGUCCGCUUGCAUGAGAGAGAUUGAAAUAAGUACUCUAAUGCCCUUAUCAAAUGACAUCAUCAUGGUAUAUCUAUGUUAUAAAUAA